CGGUGCGGCCCGCGGACCAAUCAGGACGAUCCUGUGUGAACGAGGCAAAAUAGUUCGGUUGGAGAUGGCGCCCAGCUCGAAAUCGGCAAAGGACGACAAGAAACAGAAAACGCAAAGAAAACAUAAAGACCAUGUCGUGAAGCUUCUGAUGCGUGGGAAGCUAUCAGGUCAGUUUUCUCAGCGUCUGUUUAGGAAGCUUCCACCUCGAGUGUGUGUCCCGUUGAAAAACAUCGUCAGUGAGGAAUUCCUGAGAGCGGGUCAUAUCUUUCUUGGCUUCACCAAAUGUGGCCGCUACGUUCUGUCAUACACCAGUGACUGUGGAGAAGAUGAUGACUUUUCCUUCUACACCUACCAUCUGUAUUGGUGGGAGUUCAACCUGCAUAGUAGACUCAAACAGGUUCAUCAUGUGCGGUUGUUCGCUGGUGAGGAAAUCUACAGUGAUCUAUACUUGACAGUGUGUGAGUGGCCAAAUGAUCACUCCAAAAUUGUCAUCUUUGGGUUCAAUACACGCUCAGUACUGAUGAAUUUGAUGAUGACAGAUGAAAACAACAGAGAUAUCUACAUCACUGUUGCUUCUAUGCCUCCUCCCAAACCUUGCUCUUACUGUUGUCCAGUUCCCACAGUCAGUACUGUCCGCACAGGAAGUGGCGAGUGUCUGGAACAUGGCUAUGUGCUCAACAGCAGGUACCAGGUGGUGUAUCCAUUCCCCACUUUUCAGCCAGCUUUCCAACUAAAGAAGGACCAGGUCAUCCUGUUAAACACUAGCUACUCUCUGGUGGCUUGUGCCAUUUCACUUUGCCCAGGUAAGGGGCAGUCCUCACAGAUUCUCUACACAAAAAGAGUAUCUCAGUCAAAUCAAGCCUCCACGUCUGCUUCCUCCACCACCUCUGCCUCUUCUUCCUCACUACCUCAGGGGUCUCCCGAAAGCCGACCACCACCUAGCAGGCCUGUUCCAAUCCCCUCAUCUCCCAGACAGUCUCAGGCAGCUGUGAAAGCCAGAGAGUUUGCAGCUGACCUUUUUAGGCGGUCUCAGGGUGGUGGUGGAGGAAGUGGGAGAGAAACAGAGAGCCAAGACAAGAGAAUAACUGAUGGUGGUGAAAGAGAGGCAGCUCAGAUACCAGGAGACACAGUGAUAAGUGUCGAGAGGAGGAGAGAAGAGGAGGUUUUUAGAGAGAAGAAAGAAGAAGAGAGACGGACUACUUUAUUUCAAGCAUCAACAUCAGAUGUGAGCCACAGUUUGCAUCCACGCCUGGAACAAGUGAUGUCUCCUGCAUCAUCCUCCUCAUCACCUUCAUCCCCCCCAACCCCAUCCUUAAUACAAGAUGUUGGUCCCUGUGAGCCUGGAUAUGUAAACUACUCACGCCUGCACUACUGCCUUCAGCAGCCAGGGGCACCAGAACAGAAUGCAGGAGGUGCUGGAGGUUAUGAAGAUGAUAAGGUCCAGCUGCCUUUCACAGUCACAGAUCUGAAAGGACGAAACCUACAGUUGGUCACUGGGCCACACAGUGGGCAGAGUGUGUGUGUGGAACAGUUGACUCUAGACUUUGAGUAUCUUAUCAAUGAGGUGAUCAGGAACGAUGCUGUCUGGGCCCCUCAGUUCUGCUCCUUCAGUGACUAUGAUGUCGUGAUAUUAGAGGUGUGUGCAGAGACCAACACUGUGAUGAUCAACAUUGGUCUGUUGCUACUUGCCUUCUCCAACUCAGAAGAGGAGCACUGCAGACCAAACACCUACCAUUCCAACCUCCAAGUUAGCUGGGACCUUACCACCAGUGUAUGUCGCACCGUGGGUGUUGGUGACCUUACAGAGGUCAAGGGUCAGACUAGUGGGAGUGUGUGGAGCACUUACAGGAAGUCCUGUGUGAACACAGUGAUGAAGUGGCUGGUUCCAGAGAGCAGCUCCCGCCAUAUCAAUCGCAUGACAAAUGAAGCUCUACACAAAGGCUCCUCCCUGCAAGUGCUGGCAGAUAGUGACCGAUGUACCUGGAUUGUAUUAUGAAGAAGGAAGAGGGCUGCAAGUGUCAAGAGCCACAGAAACUAAAGCACACAUGUACAUGGCGUCAUGUCUAUAUCUUCAGCACAGAGGCCUUUGGCCUUAUUCUGAGGGAAAUUGCAUACAUUUGUUUAAAUGUGUCAAACUGAAUAGUGAAUGGGCUUUAUUUGUAACUGUGUACUGUAUUAUUGCAACCACCAAAGCCACGAGCUGAAGGGAAGUAACUUUUUUCUUUUAAUACAUGAAGAGAUGAUGAAAUGACGUGUGUGUUUUUGUAAUUGAAUGUAUGCAUUUUCUGCACCAGUGCAACAAGGUAAAUUCAUUGUGUGUGUGUGUGCGCGCGCAUGAGAGAGAGAGAGAGAUUUCGUCAUUUGACAGAUUUGCUGCUUCUGAAUAAGCCGUUCUAUUAUCUGGCCUGGACUACUUCAGUUUACCUGUGUUUACUCAUAAGGCCACAUUAUUUAAAAUUAGACCAGGUGAAUGAAGGGCAUCAUUUGAUUUUUUUGGUUCUUAACUGGCAUGUAAGUCACACUAUGAUCUGUUAGAUUAUUUUGUUAAAAAUAAAAUGUUUAAAGUGUAGGGUUUUCAAUUUAUUUGUAGGUUUUCACCUUGUUACACUGAGAAAUAAGUUUAAUGUGUGUUGGAAUUUCAAACCUCACAAAAGAGUCAACAAAUAAAUAUCUAUACAAAUUGA